UUCGCUAGGAACUAUAAUCGUUGGACGCCACUUGAUUUAGCAGCAUACAAAGGUUGGACAAAAACAUGCCAAGUUCUUUUGAAAGAAGGGGCCUCUGUGGAUCUCACAGACAAAAACAAGGUAGAGCAAUGACUCCCAAAGUUACUCAAUUAAAGCUGAUUAAAAAUUGAAAAGUUCACUAAAAGUUUUUUUUUUUUUAUGUUUGGGAACGCUAAUCUGCACUUAAUUUAUAAAAAUGUUUACUCUAGAAAAUUGGAGAAAAUUUUAUUACAGCUUAGUGAAUACAAAACAAUUUUAUAUUCUCAAAAUUAAUUUGCUCUUUAAAUUAUAAUAAUUUAACACAUAAUUAAUUAUUCUAACAGCAGCUUUUUUUUUUUGGGCCUUCAUAAUGCAUGUAACAAAUUAUUUUUAAAAAAUGUUCAAUUAAUUUUUAAAACGUGGCUCACUCUGACAUUGUUAUCAUGCUAUAAUUUGUACAGCUAAGCUAUUGAAAAUUGAGAGGAAGAAACCAGUAAAAGUUGUCACACACUUGAGAGUGCUGUCAACAGAACAUUAAGUCUUUUUUUUUUCUAUUAGCGUAUGUUCAACACAUGUAUUUAUAACAAUGCCUUCAAAUUACAGACAACCCCAUUACAUCUGGCAUCAAGUUCUGGCCACUCACGGGUUGUGGAACUGUUGCUGGAGUGGGGAGCUAAUGUCAAACUCAAGGACGGUCAAGGCAGGAACUGUCUGGACAGAGCUGUAGAAAAUAAUCAAAUGUAAGCCUUCAUUAAACUCUUUAGAACUCUGAAAACAUUUGCCCUCAGAGUUAUUUAGUUGUGCAUCUUAUUUUGAUGUUAUGUCACUUAAAAAUAUGUUUUUGAUUGCCUAUAUUGAAAACUAUGAACAGUUUUUGUAAAGAUUUUCACUAGUGAUGCAGCUGAGGUUUGCUCCACCACAGAGAAAAGUAUAUAAAAAAUGUAAAAUAUUUCUUUCGUUAUAUUCACUCAUGACUCAUAAGGUUUAAUGAUUGUUUAGCAGUAAGUAGUAUGAACGAUCCACAUGUGCACUCUUUGAGUUAUAUUUCCUGUUACAAGUGGGAGUCAAUGGUAUAUAAAGUUAUGCCAUUUACAUAAUUUUUUUUUUUUACGAAUCAUUCAUUUAAAUAACUUGCUAAGUGCAACAUAAUGGAAUAUCUGAAAGUUGUUUUUUUUUUAUGAUUAAACUUUGGGUUCAUCAGACUUGCAGCUAAAGCAGUCAUCAACUCUCCUGUUUGGAAAGAGGCCCUUAGAAAUGCCACCAUGGAUCCUAUGACAGGUCAUAUUGAGACACCCAUGCGAAAACUCAUUAAACAUAUGCCAGGUCAGUUAUCACAACCAAUUAAGCACUCUUUACAUAUGUUAAAGGCCUUGGAAAUUAUCAUUAAGGUAAUUUUUGAAGAAAUGCAAAGAAAAAUUGUAAUAGUAAUUCACAUCAUAAGGAUAUUUACAGCCGAUAUGACUAAAAAAUAAUUUAUCUCAAAAGCUUUUCUUCUGAAAAAUGAGUAGUGUUCCUAAACCAAAUCAGACAUUUCUCUAUUUUGUAAUACAAUCCUGGUAAUAGAAAAUGUGUUUCCAUAUCAGAAAUAGCCCAGCGAGCUUUUGACAAAUGUCUCAACUACGGCCAUGAGAAAAAUCCUGAUAGAUCCGAGUAUGAGAUCACAUUUGACUAUGAAUUUCUGGAUGACGUGUACGCUCCAUGGAUAGCAGAAGCUCUUGCUGGAGAGACUGGAAGUGCUGGAGAUGCAACCCCUUCUUCAGGUUAUUUCUAGUUUUCAUUUUUUUAAUAUGCAUCAAUCCAUAUACUGAGAAAUUUAUUGACAAGCAAACAGUGACGUAGCUAGGAUUAGUGCCACCCAGGGCAUACCAAAACUCUGCAGUUGGCCAGAAAUGACACCCCCAAUAAUAAGCCAAUGUAUAUUAAUACAUUGGUCAAUGGGACAGUAAGUGGUUUCAUAGGCAUCAGCGGAAAUGAAUUAUACUUAAAUCAGUUUGACCCACAACACUCAUUUUAUGAGAUUUUAUUUCCAAACUAUGAAUUUUGGUUUUAAGUUUCCCCAUUAAAAAAAAACAAGAAAAAAACAGAACUCUAGAAGUAGAAAAAUAUGUUGUUUUUUGUGUUUUUUUUUUUACUAUUACUUAGUUUCUAAAGUUAGUUAAGAAAUUAUUCUUAAAUCUUAAGUCUAUUAGAGCCACAGCUUAGCUCUUUCUAACAAAUGCAAUGUCUUUGUCCUUUAUUUCAUAGCUUCAUAGUAAUCGUAUAGGAACAAAAAUAACUUUUAAAGAAUAUUCUUUUCUAUAAUCACCCUUCCUUUUCAGGACAAACUAAAGUUGAUUUAACAGAAUGAACCAUAAAUUCUCUGUUCAUGUAUUUCUAUCAUUUUAAAGAAUUCAACUCUGCAAAAUAUUUAACUAAUGAACUAAUGAUCAAAAUGAGAUUAAAAAUGAAAAACAAAAUAUGUUUUUAUUGUUAUAACUGACUUUUUGUUUUGUUUUCAGGAAGCUCAUACGGCAGAGAUGAUGAUGAUGCAGCACCUCCUCAUGCCCAGCCCUACUCAACUGAUGCAAAUGUCUUGAAGAAAAACCACCCUCUCUACAUCAUGGUAAAUAUACAAUCCUGCUUGCCAUUACAAUCUUUUGGCACAGCGCUGAUUCUAACACUGGUUUCAAUUAUGUUUUAUAAACAAAUUUUGAAUUUUUAAAGUCAGCUGUUCUAAUUUUGUUUUUGGCUAAUUGUUUAAUCCAUGUUAAUUCAAAAAGUUUAGUUACUGAAAUCUGACUUGAAAUGUUUACUGCUGAAUCUGUCUAUUACUUACUUGAAAUAUGUUGGUAUCACAGGUUCAUUGAAAUAACUUUUUAUUAUGAGUUCAUUGAAAUAUUUUGAUAUCAUGAGCUCAUGCUACUUUAUUUAAAUUUGUAGUAAGUUUAAUUUUUUAUUUUUUAAAAAUAAUUACUAGCUGGUCACUGUUAAAAUUUAUCGGUUGAUGAUAUAAAUGGUUUGAGAAUCACUGCUGAGAAUGCAUUUACUUAUUAACAGAUCCUUUCUGAGAGAGAAAGCUUGCUGGCGCACCCCCUUGUCACAUCACUGCUACAAUACAAGUGGAAUACUUUUGGGAGCUUCUUCUACUACCUUUCAUUCUUCAUCUACUGCAUUUUCUUGGUAUUUCUCACCGGCUACAUGAUCAGCAGCACCCCACCUUAUCUCUUGUAAGUAAGCAUGGUUGGUGUCUGAGCUGGAUCAAUGGAAAAAAUGCAUUGUGGGUUUAGGGGGAGUUUUUAUAUAUAACUUAGAAAAGAUUUUGUCUAUUUCUUUCACGGGACGUCUUCAAAGUCAUUUUUAACCAACUUUCCCAUAAUCUUGGGGAGUAAACAUUUAAUAUACAGACUUGUGAAACAUUUCAAACCAUUGAAAUAGGCUGCAUUGUCCAAUGAUUUGUCCAUUACAAAUUUUUAACAGAUAAAUAUUCAAAACAAAUUUUUUUUUUUAAAUAGGUGGGGGGGAUUUCUGGCUUGGGGAGUCAUGUUUGUGCCAAUUUUUCAAUAAAAAGGUGGAACCCUUAUUAAAAAGAAUCAAGUUUGACAUACGGUAAUUACUUCUUUUAAAAGGCCUGUGUUAUAAUACAACUACCAAUCUUUGUUUUAAUAAAGGUUUGUUAUAUAUUUUUUUAUAACCUGUUGAAAAAAUCCUUUGGUUUCUAUAUUAUUGUAUUAAAAACAAUAUGAAUUGAUUAUUUCAAGAUAAGUCUCAAUGUUCAAAUUAUUUAUUUUUCCACAGUAAUGAAACCGACGGCAUCAACAUUGAGAAUAACAAUUGCAGCCUUCUGUCUCAACCUUAUCAACAGCCACUAUUUGCUCGCAUUGGAACAUAUGUCAUCAUAGUCCUUGCUGCAUUCAAUAUGCUAAAAGAGGUAAUUUUUGCUUGGAGUAUUGCUGACAAUCAUGGAAGCCAUGUCUAUACUUAUCAUUUUUUCAGGCACACAAUUUGUCAUAAAAUACUUAAAUGUAGUAAAAUGCUUGUUUUAUUAUUUUUGUCUUAUUUAUUCGUAAAUUAAUAUAUUCUAUGGCUGUUUUGUUGCCGUUGGACUAAAUUUUUUCAAUUAGCAUCAGAAAUACACAAAAAAAGUUUUCAAUAUAUUCAAUAAGUAUAACUUGUACUUUUUAACAAUUUCAAUUAUGAAUGUCAUUUAUAAAUAUUUUUUUGUCUCAAAUUACUGAAAUCUGACACCACAGAAAUUAAUAUUCUUGUUAGUGCAGCGCAAUAGCAAUCAGACACUGCAGUACCUAGUAAAAUCUGGCAUAAUACCUGACUCUCCUGACACCUCAUGAUAAUGGGAUGAUUGUAAUCCUGCUCAUGUUUUCAUCCCUCUCAUCUCCAGCUCUUGCAGAUCUACCAAUCCAAGCUGAAUUAUAUCGGCUUGACUAACCUGAUAGAGUGGGUGGUGUAUCUGACCGCUGUGCUACUGGUCAUUAACUACAAUGAUUGUCAGAAGGAGACUGGUUACAGAUUUGUGAGUAAAUGGAUUUUCAUUCAUUUGUUCUCUCUUGGAACACUCUACAUUUUAAUUGAAAAUAAAUUUACCUUCUUCUUAUUUUUAAUGAUGCAAGUAUAAAUUAAAAGACUAAAAUAACUGAACAACUGAACUUAAAUUGAUUUGAAACUGAUGUUUGGACAGAUUCUGCAAACUGUUGAGAUGCAUGCAGGCAAAGUUACAUUUAAAAAAAAAAUGUUUCUCCUAUUUUUAAAACCCAGCAAAUCUAAAUUAAUGAUUUCUCAUCCCAAGGAAUGGCAGUGGAGCAUGGGAGCCAUCACACUGUUCCUGGCCUGGUUUGAGCUGGUGCUGCUGGUUCAGAAGUUCCCCAGAUUCGGCAUCUACGUGGUCAUGUUCACUGAUGUGCUGCACACCUUCAGCCAGUUCUUCAUUGUCUUCUUUUUGUUUAUCAUUGCUUUUGCGCUCUCCUUCUUCACUCUCUUACAGAAAAAGGUGGGUGUGUCAUUUUUAUAAUACAAUUGAGUUUUAAAGUUGAAGUUGUUUUUCCUUGAAAAUCUAGUUUUACAUUGGUAAUUGUAUUAAUAAAUAAUUUCAGGAAAACGGGAGACAACUGGCAAAACCUUUAAAGUAUCAAUUGUAUAAUUUUUAAAAAUCUUUUUAUUUUAACUUCUGUGAUAAUGUAUUUAUUUGGAGUUUACAUGAUUGGUAAAAAAAAUAAAAUAUAAUAAUGAAAGGACUGGAUUCAAGUAAUCUUGAGUUGUUUACUGUGAUCUGUUCCUUGUGAUAUUUUCAUUUGUCCUGUGCGCUGAAGAAGGCACUAUGCCGAAACGUUCCAAUCUUAUUGUCCUGUCCUUUAAAUCAAGCUUCAACAUACCUCAUUUUGCUAAAAAAAAAUAUAGCAUUGGAGAUAAACACAUUUAGAAAAUACAAAACUGAAUAAGAAAUGUUUCUUUUGAGAAAAUAUUCUUUGGAAAAAAUUAAUUCCUUAUGUUUUUGUUAUAUAGCUAAAGAAAAAUCCCUGUGAUGUGUUUCUUUUCUUUGCUGAGAUGUUUUUUAAUUUUAAAAAAUUAUGGCUGCAAUGGCAAUCCAGGGAUUUGUAUAAUAAAUCUCAUUUUAUGCAUUCGUUAACCAUAGCUUAAACUUUUUUAUAAAUAUUCCCAUUGUCCAAUUCAGUUUCCCUUCAGUAGUGUGACCAAGUCACUCAUCAAAACCUCUGUCAUGCUGGUUGGAGAGUUUGAGUUUGAUGACAUCUUCAAUGAUCCCGAGACUCCCCUGAUGUACCCUGAAGCGUCCUACAUUGUGUUUGUUGCCUUCCUGAUCAUCAUGAGCAUAAUCAUCAUGAAUCUCUUGGUACUAUGAUAAUUUUAAGUGGGCUUGAGAUUAAUUUAACAAGUGUUAAGCUAAAAAAAAAUUUUGUCAGUGGGCCUAUAAUAGAUUUGUUAUAAUUUUCAUUAUAACUGAUUUAUACAUGAGUCAACCUGUAAAAUGAAAAUUAUUGUAUUUUCAAAAAGGGUAAUUACUGUACCUUAUUUUCAACUAUGUGGAAAACCAUUUGUUUAUACAAUUUUUGAUAUUUUUCAACUAAACUGAAAAUGCUUGCAUUAAAACAAAUCUCCAAUGGAAAAAUUUCCCACUCAUUUGAUUACCACUUAAAUUCUAUGUACUGGGGAAAAAUAAAUAAAGUAUCAAUAGUACAAUUUAUUUUAAUAUCAAUUAUAUCAUAUCUUUAUAGCCACUUAGAUAAAAAACAGCACUGUACACCUUAUCACUGUACUCCUUAUCACUGAACUCCUUAUCACUGUUCUCCUUAUCACUGUUCUCCUUAUCACUGUAUUCCUUAUCCAAUGUUUAUUGUUGAAGACUUUUUGUCAUUGUCUUGACUUACAGGUUGGUUUGGCAGUAGAUGACAUCAAAGCUGUACAAGAGCAAGCUGCGCUGAAGAGAAUGGCCAUGAGGGUGGAAUUGGCUCUUGAUGUUGAGAGGAUCAUCCCCCAUUUCAUCAGACGAAAGGUUUUUUCCCGUCGGAGGACCCUGCGACCCAAUAUGAUACACUCAAAUCCAUUUCGACGUGCUUUCACCAGUUCUUAUCUGAGCCCGCAAGCUUUGCAGAAAGCCCUCAAUCCAGAACUUGUAAGUCUCUUCAUUUAGUUUUGAAAUAAUUUUCUAUAUUAUUUGUUAACUGAAAAAAAAAAUUGUGUAUUUUAAUAGAAAAGAAGGAAUUGUAUGUAAGUUAUAUUAUGAUUUAUGUCUCCAACAUAUUUUUUUUACCUCCCUUGUCUAGCUGUAUGCAUCAAAAGUUGUCGCAAAUUUAAUAUGUAAUUAUGUUAAGAGCAAUUGCACAGAAACUUUCUUUUAAUUGCCUUGUCUCUUUUUCCUAAACAUAUCUCAUUCCAUCAUUUCUUUACGUCCCUCAUAUAAUGAGAUCAAUAGAAUUGUUCUCUUAGUUUUAAAUAAGCAGUUUGAGAAAUUUUACUUUACCGUAUAUACUUGCAUAAAAGCCUACAUCGCAUAUAAGCCGACCCCCUAAAACUGCUUUAAACUGGCCAGUUUUUGCAAAAACCUGCAUAUAAGCCGACCAUACAAUUGUCUAAUUUACUCCAUAUUUUUGGUUCAUAGAAAUUUGUUACUGUAAAGAUGUAAAAUACUUACUUUUAUGUUACAUACCAGUUUGUUUACCUUUUGGAAUGACUCAAAAAUGUGUUCUGCUCUUUCCACAUUGUUUGCUAUAAUAAUAUCUGAACUUCCGCUCAUAAAUUGUUCACAACUAAUGAUUAACAAAAUAUAUAUUUAGAAAAAAAUUAUACAUUUUGAUAUGAAUAAAGACGAAAAUUCUUUUGUUGUGUUUUAUUUAUUCACAAAAAACUAUCACAUUUCUUAAAUUUCUAUCAUAGCAUAGGAGAGUAGGAGUAUAUUUUGUUAGAAACACUCUACUGCACCCAGAAACUGACAUUAGUAUUGCAAUUUUCCUUAGAUCAAUAUUUAGUAAAAAAAAAAAAAAAAAAAAAAAAAAAAAAAAAAAAAUAUUUUAAAAAAAAAAAGAGAUCGAGAAAGUCAAGACAAAUCAAGACAGAUUAUCAUCACAGAUGAGAAAAGUCAAACAGUCUGUGAAAAGUAUGAAGGAACAGAGUCAGAAGCUGGAGUCCAUGAUGAAGGCCAUUGUCAAAGCUCAGAAGAUUGAGUGG